AUGACAUGCUGCACAAGAAUUGAAUUCAAAGCCAUCUUCGCAAGUAGAAACGGGAUGUUCAUGAGUGAGACAGAAACCCAAUCUCACGUGCAACUUCAACUUGAGGCUGUUGCCCCGCAUCACACCUGCAGUCACCAAGGUCUUUCAUGUUACUACAGUCAACGACUGGAACAGCUGUACUGCAACACCAUACGAGCAAUACUGCAGUGCGGCGGCGCCAACGGGCUUCGGGGGUUGUUGCUUGCGUCCCUUCUCGGUAUCACAUUGACUCUACUCUUUCGGAUACCUUCACAGCUUCGCCAGCCAGGAAUCAAAAGCUACUUCAUUCCAGUACACAGUUCCGCUCUUCGGAAAUUAUUUGACAAGAUAUCUGUCCCCAAGAUCACUGUCAGUAGUGGCCAUUAUCGCUUACAUCCAGCCUUGUCAGCAAUUACACCCAAAUACCAGCACUCAUCAUACGGAACGUCUGGUCACGGCCAUUCGUCAACACCAGCCGGUUUGACUCAAGCUGUCAUCAUGCUUGACGAGCUGAUGGAGCUCUCAACGCAGGAUACAAUCGAUACUCUCGACACUGUUAUGCUUGACACCCCAGUUUUGGCGACCCGGCACCACCGAAACUCUGACCUUGGUACCACUGCUGUUUCAGGGGGGUUGCCACCAUCGAAACCCGGGUCUUCGGACUAUCCAUCUAGCUCCAAUGCGACACCAUCGUCACAGGCCCUCCAAAAGCUUCAGGAUGCGACUGGGCGCUCCAAGACCCCGAGCGUACAGAGGGUAUCGAGCCAGUAUCUUGAAGCUGGGAAUAUCCGCGGUCUUCGGCGCUCAAGUAGAAUCAAAUCACACACUCAAGUUCAAGACACUCUGGUUGCUGGUGGAAAGAAAGCUGUCAAGAAGUCAAAAGUCACCAAAGCAACUCGUACGCCAGUUCGGUUCCCACGACGUUCAGCUCGCCUUGCCAAGCCUCUGACUGAGUUUUACAAAUACGAUGAUCUUCCAACAGAGAUUCUCUUGAUGAUCUGGGAGGAGGCAAGCGCCGGCCGCGCUGUUUACAUUCGUAAUAGAUCUGCGUCAAAUUUUAGCCUCAAGGUCCAGAACACCCAGCCCUCCUGGUUUACAGCUGAUCAUAUCAGUAUUGAUGUUGCCAAACGGAAUUACAGGAAGAUGUUUGAUGCCAGUCAACUAGUCCAUCCCGACAGGGAUAUCAUCGUCUUAGAACCAUGUUGUAAUGGAUGUCGUGGUUAUUGGUGCACUCGCCACCAGUUCUCAGUCGAGGACAGGAAGGCUGUGCGGUUCAUGGCCGUACAAACAGACUCUCCAUAUCUGUUGCCUACUGCCACGCCUGGUUGGAACUCGAUCAGCAUUGCCUUCCCCAAUAUCGAGACUCUCUAUUUGCUGAGGACAGCCGUCAAGGGGGACCAAACGACGGAAAAGGCGCUUCUUCGGAUCGAAGAGAACAAUCACGAGACCCAGCUACGCAAGAAGUUUGAAGAAUGGAAGCUAGGUGAAGGCAAAUGUCGACCGUUGAAUCGGCUGGAGUUUGCCGUAGCAGUCGACAGGGAGCCGGAAUCCAUCGGCCUGACUAACCGUUAUAAACUGGUUGUGGAACGGGCGACAGGGAAGCCCAAAGAUAUAAUUAUCGGGUAA